AUGUCUUCUUUGACGUACAACAAUCCGGAAUUGGAGGAUGUUCUGUUUCCAGGUCACCAAGUGUAUCUCAAGUACGGCGUGGGACCACUACCCGAGAAUACUGGAAACAAGAAAAUCUUUCUAUUUGAUAUUGACAAUUGCCUCUACGAAAGAUCGACGAGGAUCCAUGACAUGAUGCAAGUGAAAAUACACAAGUAUUUCAAGGAAACGCUCCUUUUGAGCGAUAAGGACGCACAUGACCUACACCUCAAUUACUACCGAACCUAUGGUUUGGCUCUAGAGGGUCUUGUGCGUAACCACAAGGUUGACGCAAUGGAGUAUAAUCUGAAAGUGGACGACGCGCUAGACUUAAAGCUGGUUUUGCACUUCAACCCAAAUCUCAGAGAAAUGCUAAUGCAGAUCAAAAAUUCUGGCCAGUUUGACAUGUUUUGGCUUGUCACCAAUGCCUACAAGAACCACGCUUUGAGAGUCAUUUCCUUCCUAGGAAUUGGCGAUCUUUUCGACGGAUUGACUUACUGUGACUACUCACUGAACCCUAUUGUGUGCAAACCAAUGAAAGAAUUUUACUACCACUGUUUGCGUACAAUUGGUAUCGACAGUAAGGACAACUCACAGACUUCUAGGUUGUACUUUGUUGAUGACUCAGAGAUUAAUGUCAAAGCAGCUUACAACCUUGCUUUUGGCAGAGUGUUUCACUACGUGGAGAUGGACGAGGAGUAUGAGACUUUGAAACAAAAGGAAGAUUUUGAGGAAUAUUACGGCCGCGGCGAUAACAGUGACAAGGCCAAAAUCCAAAUCAUCCGUCUGAUUCUCGAGCUUCCAAAAUACAUAUAG